UGUAUUACAUACCAUUUAGACAUGGAGGCUGAGUUGCCUCAUUUUUCCUUGGCAAGUUAACUCCCGAAGAGGUAUAUGCAACGACGCUCCUAAAAAUAUCAAACUCUACGUAACGUCACACGAUCUUUAAACUCCAAGACUACACGAAGCGACCUAGUUUUUUUUCUGUUUAUAGAAACCCAAAAAACAGCGUUUAGCAGCUGUCAUUGGUGCGCAGUGACGUCAACCCUUCUCCUCACGUUUCAAAGAAAUGGACCACGAUACGCCGAUAUCGAAAGCGGGCGGUUCGUAUACUGCAAGGUUUUGGCGAUGAUCUUCAUAGAUAGGGCGCUUGCUUUUUCUUUUUCCUCUCCUCUCCGCCAUAGUCUACUUGCCAGGUACUCCAGGUAGGGUAGAGAGUAUACACUCGUUUUUACCCGUCCCCUCCCUUUUUUUUCAUAGGCUGCACGCUUAGGAGAUACAGGAGAUAUAUGUACAUGAUCGAUUUGGUGUGCCACAAUGGCGUACAACUCCAAAGACAACUACCCGCGCCCGGACUUCGUCCACGCGAAUCAUAGGUGGACGCCCAUAAACGACGGCUGGUCCAUCCUCUUCGACGACGCGGAUGUCGGGCUAAGGGAUCACUGGCACAUCACCGGAGUCCCGGACAAAGUGUCCGUGGCGCCCAACGCCACUGACGCGGAGGCGCUCGCGCAGAAAUUAGCUGCGUUUCCCGAACUCAAGGAGAAGGGCUUCCACACCGCCCCUAAACCCCGCGAGUACGCUAAGGCCCCUAUCAACGUUCCCUUCACCUUCCAGACCCCCGCCUCAGGCAUCAACGACAACGACGCCCACGAGGUCCUCUGGUACGAGCGCGGCGUCACGGACCCCCGCUCCGCCGCAGAGAAAGGGGCCGGAGACCGCGUGAUCCUCCGGUUCGGCGCCGUCGACUACGACGUCACGCUCUGGACCGACGGGUACCCCAUCGCGGCGCACCGCGGCGGCCACGUCCCGUUCGACGUAGAUGUCUCGGAUGCCCUGGUCAGGGGCGAUGGCAAGUUCCGGCUUACGCUCAGAAUCCGCGAUUCCCCGCACGACCUCGCGCAGCCCCGCGGCAAACAGUACUGGGCCCCGCACCCCGAAAGCAUCUUCUACACCCCGUCCAGCGGCAUCUGGCAGCCCGUGUGGCUGGAGGUCCUGCCCGCGACGCGCAUCGGGGAUAGUUCGUCUGGCACGGUGUUGCGCGCGAAUAAUAUCAAAGACGGGUUGCUGGAGGCACGGGUUAUGGUGUUGGGACGACGCGCGGGGGGGAGGUAUGCGGUUGAGAUUGAGGGGAGCUUGCAUGGGGUUAGGGUUGCGUGUAAGAGGGAGACGUUGCCCGGGGAUAAGGAUUAUGUCUUUGUGAACUUGGGCUUGGAGCUGAGCGAUGAGCAGAAGUCGAAGGCGGACCCGACGCUCGCGGAGGUCGCGCCGUAUUAUGAUACCCAUAGCUGGAGGGGAAAUCUCGCGCUUUGGAGCCCUGAUCAUCCGACUUUGUAUGAUCUCUCGCUUAGACUGUUUGAUGAGGAGGGGGCGCUGGUGGAUGAGGUUAAGACGUAUACCGGGUUUAGGAAUCUGGACUGGAAUAGGGGCGAUCGGACGUUCCGGCUUAAUGGUCGCCCGUUGUUCCAGGCGUUGGUUCUGGAUCAGGGGUAUUGGCCGGAAACCGGGAUCACGCCGCCGUCGCCGGAGAGUUUGAAGAAGGAUAUAGAGCUCUCGAAGAAAAUGGGGUUUAAUGGAUGUCGCAAGCACCAGAAGGUCGAGGAUCCGGUGUUCUUGUAUUGGGCUGAUAGGUUGGGGUACCUGGUCUGGGGUGAGAUUGCGAACGCGUAUGAGUUUAAUGAGGAUUACGCGGAGAGGUUCACUCAGGAGUGGUUGGAGGCUGUGAAGAGGGAUAUCAAUCACCCUUCGAUCGUCACUUGGACGCCUGUUAAUGGUAUCUGGGCUUACCCUAACCUGAAAGACAACGUAGACCAGCGAAACCACAUCCGCUCACUCUACUACCUUACCAAAACCCUAGACCCCACCCGCCCCGUCAGCGACAACUGCGGCUGGGAGCACGUCAUCACAGACCUAAGCACCUUCCACGACUACUCCGACGCCCCGGACCUCUCCAAAACAUGCUCCUCCCUCGAAGGCAUCCUCGGCAAGAAACUCGGCGACCGCGAUUUCUUCGUCGGUCCCACAUCCACGCCGGACGGGAGGAAAGACGAGGGCACGAAGCACAGGGAAGGCGCGCCGGUGAUCUGUUCCGAAUUCGGCGGUGUGAACAUCGCGCCGGCGAAGAAGGAGGAGGGCAGUGAGCGGGAUUGGGGAUACACGACUGCGAGCGAUCCGAGGGAUCUGCUGAAGCGGUUUGAUAGGUUGCUUAGGGCGGUGGUGGAGGGGGGCCAUAUUUGUGGGAUUGUUUAUACGCAGUUGUCCGACGUCGAGCAGGAAGUCAACGGCCUGUAUUCAUUCGAUAGGAGGGAGAAAAUCCCUGCUACGGAAGUUAGCAAGAUCGUUGAGGAGGUGAUCAAGGUGUACUAUAAUAGUCUGUCGAAGGGCGCGUGAGAUAUUCAAAUACCCAGGAUAUAUGCAGGUCUGGAGGCCAGGCUUUGUGGAGGGACAUUCUCAAGGUUAUUAUGCAGGUAGGUAGGUUCGGGUUAGGUAGGUAUUUCGGAGGAUAACCGUAUUUUAUAAAUUCUAGGAACAUAUUAUUGGUUUGGCAUCGAAUUGGUGGUUAUACGUGAUGUUGUUGCGUGGUUAGCCCCUGGUAGUUGAUACUUGGGUUUUGUAUAUCUAAAGCUCAUGAUUAUAGUCGAAUCUAUCGUAGGGUUCAAGAGGAGUUCAUAGUCCGGGUUUGUUCGGUUCUUGUUAAUAGUAACUACCCUUAUUUCAA